AUGGCCUUCUGCCUGGGAACUGGGACACAUUGGCUGCGCGGUUCCCUGCGCUGCCGCCCUCCUGCCGACGCGGGGAGUGAGGCCGAGGACGGGGGCGACGCGGGGAGUGACUCGGAGGACGGAGGCGACGCGGGGAGUGAGGCCGAGGACGGGGGCGACGCGGGGAGUGACUCGGAGGACGGAGGCGACGCGGGGAGUGAGGCCGAGGACGGGGGCGACGCGGGGAGUGACUCGGAGGACGGAGGCGACGCGGGGAGUGAGGCCGAGGACGGGGGCGACGCGGGGAGUGACUCGGAGGACGGAGGCGACGCGGGGAGUGAGGCCGAGGACGGGGGCGACGCGGGGAGUGACUCGGAGGACGGAGGCGACGCGGGGAGUGAGGCCGAGGACGGGGGCGACGCGGGGAGUGACUCGGAGGACGGAGGCGACGCGGGGAGUGAGGCCGAGGACGGGGGCGACGCGGGGAGUGACUCGGAGGACGGAGGCGACGCGGGGAGUGAGGCCGAGGACGGGGGCGACGCGGGGAGUGACUCGGAGGACGGAGGCGACGCGGGGAGUGAGGCCGAGGACGGGGGCGACGCGGGGAGUGACUCGGAGGACGGAGGCGACGCGGGGAGUGAGGCCGAGGACGGGGGCGACGCGGGGAGUGACUCGGAGGACGGAGGCGACGCGGGGAGUGAGGCCGAGGACGGGGGCGACGCGGGGAGUGACUCGGAGGACGGAGGCGACGCGGGGAGUGAGGCCGAGGACGGGGGCGACGCGGGGAGUGACUCGGAGGACGGAGGCGACGCGGGGAGUGAGGCCGAGGACGGGGGCGACGCGGGGAGUGACUCGGAGGACGGAGGCGACGCGGGGAGUGAGGCCGAGGACGGGGGCGACGCGGGGAGUGACUCGGAGGACGGAGGCGACGCGGGGAGUGAGGCCGAGGACGGGGGCGACGCGGGGAGUGACUCGGAGGACGGAGGCGACGCGGGGAGUGAGGCCGAGGACGGGGGCGUGGAGCAGGAGGACGCGCCAGAGGAAGAGCCGCAGAAAGCAGCGGCAGAGGGGAGAGCGAAGAAGAAAUCGGGCGGAAGGAGAGUCCGGUUUGCGGAAGACGAAGAAACGAGUGAAAAUUCCCGGGAGGAUGUGGACGCAGCCGUUCAGCAGAGUCUUUGUGAAAAUGCGGGAAAGUAUCUCCCCCCUCAUGUGCUGCGAGCUGAGGAGACAGUGGCUACCCAGAAAAGGGAAGAGAGAGAACGGCUAAAGAAGCAUGUCCAAGGCCUAAUUAACAGGUUGAGUGAGCCGAACAUGGCCUCCAUCAGUGGGCAGCUGGAGGAGCUGUACAUGGCCCACAGCAGGAAGGACAUGAACGACACCCUGACGGGCAUCCUCAUGAGCGCCUGUGCUCCGGGCACGGCCAUGCCGGGCAGGCUGGUGAUGGAGCACGUCCUCCUGGUCAGCACCCUGCACCACACAGUGGGCAUCGAGGUUGGAGCUCACUUUCUGGAGGCCGUGGUGAGGAAGUUUGAUGACAUCUAUAAAAAGGGAACCGAGGGCAAAGAGUGUGACAACCUAUUCACCAUCAUUGCACAUUUGUAUAACUUCCACGUGGUACAGUCUCUCCUCAUCUUCGACAUUUUGAAAAAACUUAUUGGAACUUUCACAGAGAAAGAUAUCGAACUGAUCCUGUUAAUGCUGAGAAAUGUGGGCUUUUCCUUGAGAAAAGAUGAUGCUUUGUCACUUAAGGAACUAAUCACAGAGACCCAGGCCAAAGCCAGCGGGGCAGGCAGCAAGUUCCAGGACCAGACCAGGAUUCGGUUUAUGCUGGAGACGAUGUUGGCACUGAAGAACAAUGACAUGCGGAAAAUUCCGGGUUAUGACCCUGAGCCUGUAGAGAAACUGAGGAAAUUGCAAAGGGCUUUGGUGCGUGGCGCCGGCUCGGGCACAGAAUCUCAGCUGCGCGUGUCCUGGGACAGCGUCCUGAAUGCCGAGCAGACGGGGCGCUGGUGGAUUGUGGGGUCGGCCUGGAGCGGGGCCCCCAUGAUCAGCAGUCAGCAGAAGGCCCCGCAGAAGCCACUGGCAGGCAUGGUUAGCGCCAAGAUGCUGGAACUCGCCCGAAAGCAGAGAAUGAACACUGAUGUCAGGAGAAACAUAUUUUGUACGAUUAUGACUAGUGAAGAUUUCUUGGACGCAUUUGAGAAGCUUCUAAAGCUUGGGCUUAAGGACCAGCAGGAAAGGGAAAUAGUCCACGUUCUCAUGGAUUGCUGUCUGCAGGAGAAAACAUACAACCCUUUCUACGCCUUCCUGGCCGGCAAGUUCUGCGACUAUGAGAGGAGGUUCCAGAUGACGUUCCAGUUCAGCAUAUGGGACAAAUUUCGAGACUUAGAGAACUUACCAGCCACCAACUUCUCCAAUUUGGUUUAUCUGGUGGCCCACUUGUUGAAGACAAAAUCACUCCCACUUUCCAUUUUAAAGGUGAUUGAGUUCAGUGAAUUGGAUAAACCCAGAGUCCACUUUUUACGAGAAGUGUUACAUGUGCUGUUGAUGGGAACAGAAGCUGAAGACAUCUGUUUCAUUUUCGCAAGGGUGUCCGACAACCCAAAGCUGGGUGUGCUGCGCGAAGGUUUGAAGCUCUUCAUCAGCCACUUCUUGCUAAAGAGCGUGCAGGCGCACCGCAGUGCUGAGGAGGCCAGUGCGCUGCGGGAGCGAGCCGAGCUCGCCACCAAGGCCUUGCAAGGAAGGCCUUCGCUGAGAAUGUAGGGACCUGUCUGCCAGGCGCCCUUUUAACCCAAAGGCCGGUUACUCUGCUGGCUAUAAAAACUGGGGAGAGCCAUAUCAUGGUCUGUUGUAUUUACAGUAUUAUAUUUUGAGAUGAUUUUUGAUCCACGAUUAUAUUGUGUGUGUUGUAAA